UGUCCCGCGCACGCGUUUGGGCAGCACGAAACCUGCUGCCAUGAAGCCAGCGAGAGCUAAAACACCUAGGAAACCUCUGGUGAAAAAAGGAUCCCAAACAAACUUUAAAGACCCAGUUGGGGUAUACUGUAGGGUGCGCCCACUGAGCUUUCCUGAUCAAGAGUGCUGCAUAGAAGUGAUCAACAAUACAACUGUGCAGCUUCACACUCCUGAGGGUUACAGACUUACCAGAAAUGGAGACUAUAAGGAGACUCAGUAUUCAUUUAAGCAAGUAUUUGGUACUCACACAACCCAAAAGGAGCUUUUCGAUGUUGUGGCUAAUCCCUUAGUAGAUGACCUCAUUCAUGGCAAAAAUGGUCUUCUUUUUACAUACGGUGUGACAGGGAGUGGAAAAACUCACACAAUGACUGGUUCUACAGGGGAAGGAGGGCUCCUUCCUCGGUGUUUGGACAUGAUCUUCAAUAGUAUAGGGUCGUUUCAAGCUAAACGAUAUGUUUUUAAAUCUAAUGAUAGAAAUAGUAUGGAUAUACAGUGUGAGGUUGAUGCCUUAUUAGAACGUCAGAAAAGAGAAGCCAUGCCCAAUCCAAAGACCCCCUCUAGCAAGCGACAAAUAGAUCCAGAGUUUGCAGAUAUGAUAAACGUCCAAGAGUUCUGCAAAGCAGGAGAAGUUGAUGAAGAUAGCGUCUAUGGUGUAUUUGUCUCCUAUAUUGAAAUAUAUAAUAAUUACAUAUAUGAUCUGUUGGAAGAGGUACCAUUUGAUCCUAUCAAACCCAAACUUCCACAAUCUAAAAUGCUUCGAGAAGAUAAGAACCAUAACAUGUAUGUUGCAGGAUGUACAGAAGUAGAAGUGAAAUCUACUGAGGAGGCCUUUGAAGUUUUCUGGAGAGGUCAGAAAAAGAGACGUAUUGCUAAUACCCAUCUAAAUCGGGAAUCCAGCCGUUCCCACAGUGUGUUCAACAUUAAAUUAGUUCAGGCUCCCUUGGAUGCAGAUGGAGACAAUGUCUUACAGGAAAAGGAACAAAUCAUUAUAAGCCAGUUGUCCUUGGUAGAUCUUGCUGGAAGUGAAAGAACUAACCGAACUAAAGCAGAAGGGAACAGGUUGCGUGAAGCUGGUAACAUUAAUCAGUCACUAAUGACACUAAGAACAUGUAUGGAAGUUCUGAGAGAGAACCAAAUGUAUGGAACUAACAAGAUGGUUCCAUAUCGAGAUUCAAAGUUAACCCAUCUGUUCAAGAACUAUUUUGACGGGGAAGGAAAAGUACGAAUGAUUGUGUGUGUGAAUCCAAAGGCGGAAGACUAUGAAGAAAGCUUGCAAGUCAUGAGAUUUGCAGAAGUGACCCAAGAAGUUGAAGUAGCUAGACCUGUAGACAAGGUGAUAUGUGGUUUAACCCCUGGGAGACGAUAUAGAAACCAGGCUCGAGGAGGCCCAGUUGGAGAUGAACCAUUGGUUGCUGAAGUGGUUUUACAGAGUUUCCCACCUUUGCCGUCAUGUGAAAUUUUGGAUAUCAAUGAUGAGCAGACCCUUCCAAGGCUGAUAGAAGCCUUGGAGAAGCGGCAUCACCUGCGACAAAUGAUGAUUGAUGAGUUUAACAAGCAAUCUAAUACUUUUAAAACUUUGUUACAAGAAUUUGACAAUGCUGUUUUAAAUAAAGAAAAUUACGCUCAAGGAAAACUAAAUGAAAAAGAAAAGGUGAUCUCAGGACAGAAAUUGGAAAUAGAACGACUGGAAAAGAAAAAUAAAACUUUGGAAUAUAAGAUUGAGAUUUUAGAGAAAACAACUACUAUCUAUGAAGAAGAUAAACGCAAUCUACAACAGGAACUUGAAGCCCAGAAUCAGAAACUUCAAAGACAGUUUUCUGACAAACGCAGAUUAGAAGCCAGGUUGCAAGGCAUGGUGACAGAAACAACAAUGAAGUGGCAGAAAGAAUGUGAACGUCGAGUGGCGGCCACCCAGCUGGAGAUGCAGAAUAAACUCUGGGUUAAAGAUGAAAAACUGAAACAGCUGAAGGCUAUUGUUACUGAACCCAAAACUGAAAAACCUGAGAGACCCUCUCGGGAGCGGGAUCGAGAGAAAGUUACUCAAAGAUCUGUUUCUCCAUCAUCAGUGCCUCUUUCUAGUAACUAUAUUGCUCAGAUUUCCAACGGCCAGCAACUCAUGAGCCAGCCACAGCUACAUAGGCGCUCUAACUCUUGCAGCAGCAUUUCUGUAGCUUCCUGUAUUUCGGAAUGGGAGCAGAAAAUUCCUCCGUACAACACACCUGUCAAUGUUACAUCUAUUGCAAGGCGUAGGCAGCAGGAGCCAGGACAAAGUAAAACUUGUAUCGUGUCAGACAGAAGGCGAGGGAUGUACUGGACUGAAGGCAGGGAGGUGGUUCCUACAUUCAGAAAUGAGAUAGAAGUAGAAGAGGAUCAUUGCUGCAGGAACGCACCACCAAUCCGUCUCAGACACAGACGAUCACGCUCUGCAGGGGACAGAUGGGUAGAUCAUAAGCCCGCCUCUAACGUGCAAACUGAAACAGUCAUGCAGCCACAUGUCCCUCAUGCCAUCACAGUAUCUGUUGCAAAUGAAAAGGCACUAGCUAAGUGUGAGAAGUACAUGCUGACUCACCAGGAACUAGCCUCCGAUGGGGAGAUUGAAACUAAACUAAUUAAGGGAGAUGUUUAUAAAACAAGGGGUGGUGGACAAUCUGUUCAGUUUACUGAGAUUGAGACCUUGAAACAAGAAUCACCAAGUGGUAGUCGAAAACGAAGAUCGUCCACAGUAGCACCUGCCCAACCAGAUGGUACAGAGUCUGAAUGGACCGAUGUAGAAACAAGGUGUUCCGUGGCUGUGGAGAUGAGAGCAGGAUCUCAGCUGGGACCUGGAUAUCAGCAUCACGCGCAGCCUAAGCGCAAGAAGCCAUGAACUGACGGUCCCAGUAGUAAAAGAACAUUGUCGUUUGUGUUGGUAAUUUCAAAGCCAUGCCAGAAGCAGUCUUGAGACAUCUUGUAGAAUUCCAGCUUUGUGGAACAUCACAGACCUCAGCUAUAUCAUACACUGGCCUAGAACAAAGUUUCCCCUUUGGAUCCAAAGACCUCUGAUUCAGCAAACUUUGUAUAUUAAAUACCUUGCCAUAUUUAAUAUUAAUAGAAGACCCCCCCUCCAUUUUCUCAUGGCUGUAUGAACUCUUUUUAUAAUACUAUUUUUUUUGUACAUUUCUUGUAUACUUAUGAACUCUAAUUCAAGCAAGUGUUUGUCUUGGGUAAUUAAGGAAGAAUAUAUCUAGACCAUACUUUAUUUUUUAUUCUGAUCUUUUUCAGCUGUGGUCUGAGUAUUUCUUAAAGGUUUUAUAAGCAAAACAAAUGCUGCUAUUUAUUAGCUGCAAGAAUGCACUUUAGACAUACUGGACAAUUCAGACUUUCAGAAUAAAGAUGUCAGUGACUGGCUAUCAAUAAAACCAUUUUUAAAAGUU